GUUUUGGUUCCCUGAGCGAUGCGCACGGAGAAGCCGGCUCUGACGUUUUUGAUUGCAUGACACGGUGGGCUGCGCACCGGUCGUGCGGCCGUGCCAACGGGCACCCCUGCGUGGAACCGGGACAGGCCCGCCGCGCUCAGCUUCUUGGGUGCGUGGCCCUGCGUCCCGUGCCGAGGCUUGUCGGAGCGGUAAAGUGGGGGGACGUUGCGGCGCUUCGUGUGCGCGGGGUUGCAUGUGCUGCGCGCGGGGGAAUACUCGCCCGGACCUCAUCCUGGCGGCGGCGCCUGCGCGCCCGCCGCGGCUUGGAGGGUGUGUGUGCGUGGGGGGUCCGGAGCGAUCCCCUCCUCUCCCGUGGCGACGCCCGCCAUUGCGGCGGGAAUCAGGGAGAAGCGCGACACCCUACUGGCUGGGCGGCUUUCUCCGAGGAGGCGCUUGCCCCGCGGUUGUACUGGGGACCCGCUUUGGUUCGCUCGCGGGCUCCGCGGGGAGCCAAGUUCCCCGGCGAGCCUGAGCCGCCGGCAGCUCCUAACUUCGCCGCGGGCUCGUGUCGGCGGCUGCGCCCCACUCCGGAGCCAUUUCCCGGAGCCCUCCGAGCGCGGGGGGAGCCCGCGCCCCCAAGAAAAAGCCCUGCUGGGACGGGAAACCGGCGGAGGACACGCCGCUUCAGCGCGGGUGCUGCGGGCGCGGGCUUUUGGCGGAGAAGGGAGUCCUCCCCGCACGCGGGCGCGGCGUCGGGGCAAAGGCGAAAAAAAAGUAAAGAGGCGAAUGGCAGGGCUUCACUUCAACGGCCCCCGCGUGCCGUGACCCGGCGGUGGGCGGCGCCGAGGGCAUUCCCCCGCUUUGCACGGGACGAGCGCAAACGACGACGGGAGAGACGCGGCGCCCAGGCGCGGCGAUGA